CUAGCUGGCUCUGGGAGUGCUCAAGUGUGCAGAGUGGCUUGGAAUAAACAACCUUCAGGACAUGGACCCCCAGACCCAAGAAGUUUGCUGCCCUGCCCUCCGUAGGCUGAUCCCUGUCGGCUUUGGGGCUGAGGCAUGGACACUCUUUGCCCUUUCUGGACCCCUGUUCCUGUUCCAGAUGCUGACCUUCAUGAUCUAUGUCGUGAGCUCCGUGUUCUGUGGGCACCUGGGGAAAGUAGAACUGGCAGCCGCAACCCUCUCAGUGGCAUUUGUCAAUGUCUGUGGAGUUUCUGUAGGAGUGGGCUUUUCCGCAGCAUGCGACACUUUGAUGUCCCAGAGCUUUGGCAGCCCCAACAAGAAGCACGUGGGGGUCAUCCUGCAGAGGGGCACACUCAUGCUGCUUCUGUGCUGCUUCCCCUGCUGGGCGUUCUUCCUCAACACCCAGCAGAUCCUGCUGCUCUUCAAGCAGGACCCGGACGUGUCCAGGCUGUCCCAGGAGUAUGUGCUAAUCUUCAUCCCAGCCCUUCCGGCGGUUUUUCUUUAUGGACUGCUGGCAAAAUAUUUGCAGAAUCAGGGGAUCAUCUGGCCCCAAGUCCUCAGUGGAGUCCUGGGAAACUGCAUCAAUGGCCUGGCCAACUACGUCCUGGUUUCUGUGCUGAGCCUGGGGGUCAGGGGCUCUGCUUAUGCCAACACCAUAUCUCAGUUCGUGCAGAUCACCUUCCUCUUUCUCUACAUUGUGCUGAAGAAGCUGUACCUGGAGACAUGGGCAGGUUGGUCCAGCCAGUGUCUACAGGACUGGGGCCCCUUCUUCUAUCUUGCCAUCCCCAGCAUGCUCAUGAUAUGCGUUGAGUGGUGGGCCUACGAGAUCGGAAGCUUCCUCAUGGGCCUGCUCAGUGUGCUGGACCUCUCCGCCCAGGCCAUCAUCUACGAGGUGGCCACAGUAGUCUACAUGGUUCCCAUGGGGCUCAGCAUUGGCGUCUGUGUCCGAGUGGGGACAGCCCUGGGAGCCACAGACAUUGUUCAAGCAAAGCGAUCAGCCAUCUCAGGCGUGCUAUGCUCAGUUGGCACCUCGCUGGUUGUGGGCAUCCUAUUGUUCAUCCUGAAAAAUAAACUGGGGCGUAUUUUUACCAAUGAUGAAGAAGUCAUUGUCCUGGUGAACCAAGCUUUGCUGAUUUAUGUCGUCUUUCAGCUAUUUGAAUCACUCUGUUGUGUCUAUGGUGGAGUCCUGAGAGGAACAGGGAAGCAGAUCUUUGGAGCCGUUGUGAAUGCGGUCACGUAUUAUGUCGUCGCCCUCCCACUGGGCACUGUGCUGACCUUUGUGGUCGGGAUGAGAAUCAUUGGCCUUUGGCUGGGUAUGCUGGCCUGUGUCUUGCUGGCGGUUGUCGCCUUUACUGUCUUUGUGGUCCGGAUAAACUGGAAGCUGGCUGCAGAGGAGGCUCAGAAACGCAUAGGGCUGCCCCAGUGGAGUGCUGAGAGCCCUACAGGCCCUGUGGGCCCCCCGAGCAUGAUCCCUGUGAGCACGAGCCCCAGACCUGGGCCCAAGAAAGCUGUGGUAUCUUCAGUGGCCACGGGCAGUUCCCCAGGCAUUAUUUUGACAACAUACUCAAGGCCUGAGUGGCAUCUGGACCUCUUCAGGACUCCAGAAGCAGCCCAUUCCCUCUCAGAUCCUGCCAGCAAACUGUCAAUGAAACAGCUGGUCAUCCGCCGUGGGGCUGCUCUGGGGGUGGCAUCAGCCAUGCUGACAGUGGGGAUUGUCAUCAGGACCCUGACUACCAGGUACUAGCAAAGCAGCUUGGAUACAGAAAGCAAGCUUAGAGUGGCUGGAAGCGCGCGCACGCACACACACACACCCCUGCAAAAGUUUGAGUAGGAUCUGGUGCCAGUGCUCCUGCGACAGUUGAGGUCUGCCUUAUGCAGACAAUUCUAUCGUGGUCAAAUCAGCCUUUCCUCCUCUGACCCAGAUUACUCUUUAGAAGAAGACUGUGUUAUUUAAACAUCAACAAUUUCAAAUUAGAGACUUCAAAUCAACUUUUCAAAACCACCAUUACAUUAAAAUUUACUUAUUUCCUAAGCAGUCUCUUGUCCAAGCCUGUUCAUAAAACCUUUGUGAAGCUCUGCACAGGGGCUGAGUGGGCUGCCCCUGCCCUGUGCCACUCCAGACCCAGGCAUUAUGAGACCUCAAUUAGGGCAGGACAGCUGUCUGCAGACCCUCCUUUCCUCCAAUCCUUUCAUUCCACUGGCAUUUUCACUUACCAUAGACUCUGAGAAAUACUUGUUCUUGCCACACUUUUUCUUAUAGUAGUGGUAUGAUAUAAACAAGAGCAGCAAAACCCAGCCCAAUUCGAAAGGAAACCGGCACUCCUAUGUUCCUAGCAACACUAUUUCCAAUAGCCCAGAUAUGGAAACCUUAGUGUCCCAAAACAGAUGAGUAGAUCAAGACAUGGUAUAUAUACACAGUGGAAUACUACUCAGCAAUCCAAAAAGAUAAACUCACACCAUUUGUGGCAACAUGGAUAGGUCUAGAAGGGAUUCUGCUAAGCAGAAUAAGCCAGGAGGAGAAAGACAAAUACUGGAUGGUGUCACUUCUAUGUGGAACCAAACAAAGAGACAAAGACAAACUUUAAAGCCAACCCUUAAGGGCCUCCUUGGUGGUGCAAGGGGUUAAGCACCGCACUAUGAAGCAAUCCACAGCCUCUACAGCACAAGUUCGAUUCCCAGCCAGCCAGGGAGAAACCCACAUGGCGAGGCAGACCUCUCCUGUCUUGCCCGCUGCUCCCCUCAGCAGUGUAUUUCAGUCAGUCUGCCUGUUCUGUUCCCCACU